GGGACGAGGAGUCCACUCUCUCUGCGGCAACGGUUGGCUGAGAAAGGGUCAUGACGUCACACAGGGCCCUCGAAGAGGGCAGGUGAGUGGCUAGAGUAGUGAGCACCAAACAGCAGUGACGUUGUGUUCAGACCCCGCCCCUUUCCUUGGAGCGCGGAGACUCGCUACGGAAGCUUCGGCCAAUCAGAAGGAAGGCCCAAGGAUGAUAUGGUGAUGGCAUGCAGCCAGAGGUAAAAUGACAAGGUGACUUAUUCAACAUGUAAAAAUCUUGUUUCCAGAGCCCUCUGACUGCUCUCACGUACUCAAAAAUAGUGGGGACAGAGCGGACCUGGGGAGGCUUGGCUUCAAGAGACGCUAGAUUAUAAAGAAAGCGAGGAGUCCCGGUCGCCAAAAUGGGGAGGAGCCAGUGAAGAAACGGGCCCAGUUUCCUCUUUAAGACCCACCCCAGAGCGCUGGCCCCGCCUCACGCCGUUGCUGCUGCGACCCGCCCCCUUCCACUCGCCCCCGGGCUGGGCUGGGGCUCCCGGUUCCGCGCCCCUGGCUACGGGGGUACGGCCCCCUAGCCACCACUACUUGGGGCCUUCUGCUCAAGAUCCCUCCAGGCACUGCGGAUGGAGGCGUGGGGGAGCCUUGGAACCUCAGACUAGUUUUGAAUCCCUGCCCUGCCAGUCACUAGCUUGUGGCUUUGAGUCUGACAAGAUGUACCAGGUCCCAUUGACACUGGACCGGGAUGGGACCCUAGUCCGGCUCCGCUUCACUAUGGUGGCCCUGAUCACGGUCUGCUGUCCACUUGUCGCCUUCUUCUUCUGCAUCCUGUGGUCCCUGCUCUUCCACUUCAAGGAGACAACAUCUACACACUGUGGGGUGCCCAAUUACCUGCCGUCGGUGAGCUCUGCCAUUGGUGGGGAGGUUCCCCAGCGCUACGUGUGGCGUUUCUGCAUUGGCCUGCACUCGGCACCCCGCUUCUUGACAGCCUUCGCCUAUUGGAACCAUUACCUCAGCUGUGCAUCCCCGUGCCCGGGUUACCGCCUUCUCUGCCGCCUCAACUUCAGUCUCAAUGUGGUGGAGAACCUGGCACUGCUUGUGCUCACCUAUGUCUCCUCCUCCGAGGACUUCACCAUCCAUGAAAAUGCUUUCAUUGUGUUUAUCGCGGCCUCCCUCAGUUACAUGCUCCUCACCUGCAUUCUCUGGCGGCUGACCAAGAAGCACACAGUAAGUCAGGAGGAUCGCAAGUCCUACAGCUGGAAACAACGGCUCUUCAUCAUCAACUUCAUCUCCUUCUUCUCGGCGCUGGCUGUUUACUUCCGGCACAACAUGUAUUGUGAGGCUGGAGUGUACACCAUCUUUGCCAUCCUGGAGUACACUGUGGUCCUAACCAACAUGGCGUUCCACAUGACAGCCUGGUGGGACUUCGGGAACAAAGAGCUGCUAAUAACCUCUCAGCCUGAGGAAAAGAGAUUCUAAACCCUGUCUCUGAUGCUGGAAAACAAGAAACCACUCUGGCCUUCCCUAUCUCAGUGUCCUCUCUGGGCCCUUCUCCAUCUGGGGACUGGGAGAGAAGAGCGGGAAGGGUAGGACAAGGCGGACCCCAGCACUGCUGACUUCUCCCCACCUCUCAUCUCUCAUGGGGAUCUUCAAGAAGCAUCACUAUUCACUGAAAGGUCCUAAAAAGCUGAGCUGGCAGGAAAGCCCUACCACUUGGUGCUAAAAAAAAAAAGAGAGAGAGAGAGAACAAAAAAAGAAGAGUCCUGAGGUUCAUGACUGUCUAGUUUUUGACCUUUAUAUAGACACGUUUCACUAAGGUUAGGGUCCAGAGCAAUGGCUGCUACCUGACGGUCACAGCCAUUUCACUCUGGUCAUUCAUCUGACUGAUGUGUCUAGCGAUCUACCGUGUACACCCAGAGUGUGUACACCCAGGUGGUGGUUCUAUAAUUGCCCAGGUGUUCUAGAGGUGUAACCUCUUCCCCAUCAGCCUCACUGUGUUCCCGGGUAUGCCUGGGGAAGUCUGUUGUGUGACUUCUAAGGGCUUUGGUCUCCAAGGUCAUCCAAUGGAAGUGGUGUUGUGUUGUACUUGACAGAUAACUUGUCCCAGAAGCAGCAUCAAGCGUAGGAUAUAUUUUCCUUUCCCAUCUAAAACCUCUGGCUUCUUGGAAUAUGUCUGUCAUCCCAACAUGUUGGAGGCUGAGAUGGGUGGACUGCUUCAGGAUCCACGCCACCCUGGGCUACACGUGAGACCUUGUCUCAAAAAUGAAGUAAGAUGCAAGGCACGGUGGCACAUGCCUUUAAUCCCAACACAGCAGAGACAGGCAAAUAUCUGUUGAGUUCAAGGCCAGCCAGGGCUAUACAGUAAGACCCUGUUUUAGAAGAAAAAAAAAAAAAAAUCAAAGAACCCUAAAAUCGCAGGCUUCUGAGACCUUUCCCUCCUUGGAUGGGGGGAGGGGUCAGAGGUAGAUUUCCCUACUCCAGAAUGGGUUCCUUGGCUUUCCUUUAUCCUCGUGACUGUCCCACAUCCCCAUCUUUCAUUUGUAUAUUUUAUUUCAAAGGACAAUAAAUUUUUUUCUUUUGCCAA